AUGAAAACUAAAUUUCUCAAAUAUAAAAAUGUUCAAACAUUCAAAUCAACUCAAGUUGUUCAAUAUCAAGCCAAACGACCCAAAGAUUUUUAUUUUUUCAUUGAAAAUGAGUUCAUCUGUCAAUCAGAUUGCAAUUUAUUUCAAAAUGAAUUUUCAGUCAAAUACUUCUCUACUGUCAAUUUAAUAAAACUUUCAAGAGAUCUCGACCCAGUUGCGUAUAAAAUCUAUUUCGAUUGUUCCGAAUUCGGACUUGGUAAAGCAGAUAUGAAGAAACUUUACAAGCAAAUUGAGCAAUAUAUAAAAGAUAAAUUUAUGUCAAUAGACUCAGCUUUUAUUGGAUGCAUCCGAGAUGAUAAUGAGACGCAUCAAUUUUGUACCGAAGCAAAUCUCAAAUUUAAAUGCAGGACUGACCCUUUUCAUGACAUAUUCAACAUUUUGAAAAAUAUUUAUGUGGUUUCAAAUAAUUCAUAUCAAGUUCUUAAAUAUCAGGAUGGAAAUGAUUCAGUUCAAUUUAGCUACAAAGACCUCAAACUUUUUAUUGAUAUGCACGGCACAACUUCAUUACCAAAAGUAGGAUUCUUCGAUACAAAAAAAUUUGGAAAAUUAGAAAGUCAUAAAAGAAUUUGGAUGCCAAAUAGAAAUAUCCAGUUAGAGAAAUUUAUUAGCCAAUUUCGUUGCUUAUUCAGUAUUAACUACUACUUAAAAAUUCAACAUCUUCUGCAAGAAACCAAAGGAUAUAAAAACAAAUUUAUUGAAGCUCAAUCAUUAAUAAAACUUAUAUUGUUACUCCAAAACAUCUAUGAGAUGCAGCACCGAUUUGUAAAACUUGAAGACAUUCAACAUUUAGAACAUUAUCAUAAGGAGCUGAAGCGCUAUAAAUUUCAGAACAAUAACAUUCGAUGUCUAAAAAACUUAACCACUUCUACGAAAACCAACUUAGAAACCUUCAAAUAUCUUAAUAAAAGCUUUAUCAAGUUUAAACCAAGCUACUUUAGUACUCAAUCGAUUGAAGCUGAAAAAGGUUAUCUUCGAUAUCAAAAUUGUGGUGAUUUGCCAACUGAAUCUCAAUGUAAAAGCUUCUUUAAACAUACUCAGGCAGGCACAGCCGAAAUGAAGUUGUCGUCAGAAUUUGGAAGAGUAAAAAUAAAAUUUGAUAAGGUUCCAGGAUCAGAAUUAGAAUUCAAGAAAGGAGAGAUUAAUCACAAAAACUUAGAAAUUAAUGAUGAUGAUAACAUUUGUGAAAUGUUUUGGUCUCAUUCAGAUUAG